UGCCCAGAAAACAAACAAGAAGCUUGGUUACAGAUCCAAACAUCCAAUCGAUCGAUCGAUCAGGGUCUCCUCUCCUGCCCGCGAGCGUCCCCGUCCUCCACCUCACACCCAGCCCCGACUAGCAAAGCCAACGGAGAGGAGAGCAAGGAAGGGGGAAGAAGAAGGAAGGUUUGUGCAAGCUGCAUGCAUCCUUCUGGAAUUGUCUAGUUUCUUAAUCUUUCGUCCAGCCUGGCAGAUAUCAAGAGGUCAGGCACAUCUCGCACCUCUGAGUGGGUGUGGGUUUGCAACUACUGUACAAUCAGCCUAUCCUUGCCUUUGGGGAAAAGCCCAUCUUACAUCUGGAGAUUACGCCGAGCAUUGGAAGGUCUUUUUGAUUAUGGUUAAUUUCCAACAAUAGCUGAGAUGUGACACAUACAUUUGCUGAGCUUGGUUCUCUUCCAAGAUAGUCCUUUGAUUUAGCAAUGUGAUUAGGUCAACUCUAUUUGUGCUGUCCUUGUGAUUGCCGUCAGAGUUGACUUAUGGUUAGGUUUUUCUGCUUCUCAUCCUCGACCAGUACCACACAUCAUAGAACAAAGGAGCGCUUUCUGCCAGCUGAACAAGCCAUGCUUAGUGCUUCACAGAAGAACACCAUACUUGCUGUUUCACAGAUGGAUUCUCAGGAUCAAACAGUGAAGUCCAACUCUGGAUCAGCAAGUCCAAGCCAGAUGACAGACAGAAAUGGUCAUUCAGAUGUUAAUAGGCAGUAUGAUACUAGCCCAUCUUCUCAUCAAGAAUGCUGGAGUUCUGAAGAUUUGAAUAGAUAUGCAUGCUCUGAUGAUGGCAAGGAGGUUGGUCACCUAAAGAAGAGUCAAUCUCUUGGAAACAUGCUUCACAAGGAUCAUGAUCAUCUUAGUGAAGGUGCCAAAUGUGAUAUUAUUGACUGUGACCACAAAUGUCAUUGCUCUAGUUUGAAAAGCAAUUCAGCUGUUCAAGAUUCUGCUAACUUGAACACCAAGGGCAAAGAGAAUGCCUCAUCUGACCUGAUCAGUCAUGAUGUUUGUGAACCUUCAGUUGGCAAUGCUGCUGACUCUGAUAGCCACUACACAGGUUAUACACAAACCAAAUUUCCAAGAUCACAAUCUGCUAUAUUUCAGAAUAAUUCCAAUUGUGGUACAGAAGGUUCUGCUGAUUCUGAGAUACUAGGGCCUCGUUGCAGGUCUUAUGAAGAUCUGUGUUUGGUGGGUUGUGAGAAGGCCGAGUACAUGAAUAGCGAUGAGCCACAUCACUCUAAAUCAAAUUUGGAUAUACAUUUUGGUGGACCUUCCCCAGAUGUCUAUGAAACAAUGAAUUUUGAGGGGAAUGGUUCAAUAGGUUGCUCUGAUGCUGCUGAAGGAGGUCAAAGGUCCUCUGCAAGUGCAGAAGAAAGUUUUGUUAGGGAUGGGGUGCUAAUUCAUGAAUAUUGGGAUAAGAAAUAUGUAAGUGGUGAUCAAUCUGUUGAUCCAGCUACCCCCUACUACUCAGGUACAGGGGAUGGUUGUCACCAUUCCAAUAAUGAUUGCAGCAUCAAUGAAUCUCUAGAUCAAGAGAGAAAAGAUAACUUGUGUAACAGAGAUAGCACUCCCUACCAUGAAUCACUUGUCAUUGAUGUGAGUGAUCUAAAGUUAUGUGAUUCAAGGGACAUUAGCAAAGAAGUUGAGCACAACGAAACUGAAACUAAUGUCAAUCAGUAUUUAGUUGUGGACCCAGAUCAACUCACCCCAAGAACUUUUAGCAUUAAAAGGAUCGAAGAUUGGAUCAACCAAAUCGAUAUUGACGAUGGCAUCCUUGUCGAGGAGCAAGGAGAAAAUUCAAACUCUGUGUUGACAAAAUAUAGUGAGCCGGUGACUGGUGUUCCUGCUAUCCGGCCUGAUGCUAAAAGUCCUCUUGGAAUGGAGAUAGCUUAUACUUAUAUUUCAAAAUUGACUUCUACUUCUUCAUCAGCGCAAUUAGCAAACCUUGGCUUGGUUGCAAUCCCAAGGUUGAGUACUUUCUCAGGCCUACGCCUGUUGAACUUAUCUGGGAAUUCUAUCGUGCGAAUAACUGCAGGAGCUCUUCCAAGGGGUCUUCACAUGUUAAGCCUGUCAAAGAAUAAUAUCUCAACAAUUGAAGGCCUUAGAGAAUUAACACGCUUACGCUUACUGGACAUCAGCUAUAAUAGGAUAUCCAGAAUUGGCCACGGUCUGGCCUCCUGUUCUUCUCUGAAGGAACUGUAUCUGUGUGGUAACAAGAUCAGUGAGGUAGAUGGUCUUCACCGUCUUCUGAAGCUAAAGGUUCUGGACUUGCGCCACAACAAGAUUUCCACAUCAAAGGGUCUGGGCCAGCUGGCUGCAAACUACAAUUCUCUUGAGGCAGUAAACCUAGAUGGCAAUCCAGCACAGAAGAAUGUAGGUGAUGAGCACCUGAAGAAAUACCUGCUAGGUCUCUUGCCAAACCUUGCUGUCUACAACAAGAACCCUGUCAGAGCAUCUGGCUCGAAAGAGGUUUCCGACCGUCAUACCCGCAAAAUUUCCUCUUCCCACCGUACCGGUAGAUUGGAUCGUAAAUCUUCCAGGUUGGUGGCCGGCACAGGCACAUCCUCCUACAAGGCACAGAGUUCACGGCAUGCGCGUUCCUCGGGCUCUUUUCUGAAGCAUCAUCCAAGGGCGCGAAGCAUGGCCGCGGCAGCUUCAGGGUCUAGACUGAUGGAGCAUGCCGGUUGAGAUGGAGGGAAAGGCUCAGUAAGAAAGAAUAUCCUUAUUAUGGCUCAAGCAUAUAUGCUGCUGUUGAGUGAGUGCAUUUGAAGACAAAUUAAAUGGUGCGGUCAUCGUUGCUGAAUAAUUCCUCCCUGAUUAUUGUGGGAAAAAAAAGCAAUCUUUUUCUUUGGCACAACACUGUACUCUGCUACUGUUAUUGUUAUUCUUGUCCUGAAUUGAAUGGAAGGAACA